AGCCACACACGAAACACACAGGCGCUGUAUGCUCAUCCCCAGGACAACAAAACACCCAGACAGAAACAAAAAUAACCAAAAACAAAUUGCUGCAGCGCACCAUGGCCCAGGAUGGGGUGAUACUGCAAUUCAACUUUCCCACAUUCGGGGACUCUAUGCUUCAAAAGAUGGAUGCUCUUCGUCGAGACAAACGCUUCUGCGAUGUUGUUGUCCGCAUCAAUGACUUGGAAGUGCCUGGACACAAAGUGGUCUUUGCCGCUGGCUCCCCUUUCCUUAGAGACCAGUUUGUCCUUCAGGACUCUCGUGAAGUGCAAAUAUCUACACAACAGGACGCAGAGGUUGGACAGAGGCUUCUCCUGUCCUGCUACACAGGGACACUGGAGUUCCCGGAGCUUGAAUUAGUACACUAUUUAACAGUUGCUAGUUUCCUACAGAUGGGUCAUAUUGUAGAGCAGUGCACCGAAGCUCUCAAUAAAUUCAUAAAACCACACGAGGUCAAAGACGAGCGUGCAUCAUCUCGACAGCCAUCGAACUUCAGCUCACAGCGUGGCCGACCAGCUGUGGAGACAGCAUGUGAUGAAGAGGAUGAGGCGGACAAUGAUGGAGAAGAUGACUUUGAUGAUGAUGAUGAUGAUGAUGAUGAUGUGAUAAUACAGCCCAAGUCUCCAGCUGUAUUUAGAAACUCUGAAAGCAACAGCAGAGGAGAGGAGAGUCCCAUUAGCAUCGUUAAGGUGGAGUCAAUAGAUGAGCGAAUGCCUGAUAACUUUCAGAGUCGCGCAAGUCACUCGCCAACACUGCGCUCACCUGAGCCACAACACUCCCUAAUAAACUCCACAGUGGAAACCCGGCCCGCCGAAAUCUCUGUCAAGCCCACAGCUGAAUAUUCGCUGUCCCCACCUGGACCCAGUGGCUCGGGGAAAGCGAAUCUUUGGGGAUGCUUAAGGAAUGUCGAUAAGAGUAUGCAGUGGUGCCACCAGUGCCCGAAAUGUGCUCGCGUGUUCCGUCAGCUGGAGAACUACGCCAACCAUCUGAAGAUGCACAAGUUGUUCAUGUGCCUCCUGUGUGGAAAAACAUUUACCCAGAAAGGAAACCUGCACCGGCACAUGCGUGUCCACGCCGGCAUCAAACCCUUCCAAUGUAAGAUAUGUGGAAAGACUUUUACUCAGAAGUGCUCGCUGCUAGACCACCUGAACCUUCACAGUGGGGACAAACCACACCGUUGUAAUUACUGCGACAUGGUGUUUGCACAUAAACCAGUUCUCCGUAAACACCUGAAGCAGAUCCAUGGAAAAAACAGUUUUGAUAAUGCCAAUGAAGGCAGCUUGCUGGAAGGAAUAUAAAUUCAUAUUAUUGUCUAAAUAAAUCAUAUUAAUAUACAUGAUGCAGACAUAAUUCUGUAUAACAGUGGUUCUCAACUAGGAGAUCCGUUCUCAGUAAGGACGAUAAU